GCGAUAACAGCAAAUUAUUGGGUUUUAGUAAUUUCAAAUUAUAUUUUCAUUCUAUUAUUAAAUUAUGUCAUUAUGACGGUAGAUAGACUUAUCACUGAACAAUUAUGAGCGACUCUUGCAGUGAAAAUACCGAUUUCUUAGUGUCUCUGCCAUCGGAUUUCUUUCAAGUUCACACAUCAGAUAGUGAAGCGGUUAAUGAUUCAGGAACCGAGGAAUUGUUAAUCAGCUCCAGUAGCAGUUUUAAAGGUGUAAUUAACGAUUUAGUAACAAAUUUGGAUACUUUGUCUAGUCAAAUUAAUGAAAUUGAACAAAUGGAAACUAGUUGUAUCAGCAAUGGACUGGCUAGUCCACUCAGUACUUCCUCACCUCUUAAACUAAAUUGUGAAAAAAAAAUUAACUAUAGCUCCAUUGAUUCAUUAAUGCAUGAAAUGGUUAAUACUUAUGAAUACAAUGAUAAAUUAUUAAGAAAUAUGGGUAAUGGUCAUCCUCAGCGUAAUGUCAAUUUCCAAGAAAAUGAUGUCAGAUCCCCUGCCAAAAUCAAAGAAAGCGUUUGUGAGGGAUUAAAUAAUAACAAAUUACAAAGUUUAUGUGACAACUUGGAUAAUGUAAAUGCACAUGAACCAAUUUUAAAUGAUACUCAGAAAUUGGAUUCUGUUUCAAAAGAGAAUUUAUGGUUAAAACUCGGAAAGGAAAUUUACCGCAGACAAAAUAUUGAAAAAAAAGUAGUUGAUUUAGAAGAAAAAUUAAUAAAUUACGAAAAAAAAAUUGGUGAAUGCAAAGAAAUGGACAGUCAAAAAAAUAAUCUUCUUGAUGAACUUGCUGCACGAUCUGCUAUGAUUUUAAGUCAAGUAAGAGCAUAUAGUUCUAUAAAUGAAAAACUCAAUCAUGAUUUACAAGGAGAACGUAAGAAUAAAAAAGAUAUAUUGGAAGCAAUGAAAGAAAAAAUUGAACUUUACAAAUUUGAUUCAGCUAAAGCUAUUUCUCGUUGUAAUUCUUAUAAAGCUAGAACAGAAAGCGCAGAACGAAGGUUGAAUGAGUUAAUGAAAAAUUGCCAAAAAGUAGAAGAACAAACCAAACAUAUGCAAUUAAAUAUAGAACAAAAAAACGAAGAAAUAGAAAGACUUCAAAAUGAAUUAAUUAAAACACAAGAAAAAAAUAAAAAUGUUACUGAAAAGUACAAUAGAACUAUAGAUAAAUGUAAUGAAUUAGAAAAAGAAGUAUUAAUUCUAAACCAAGAAAAAAAGGUGCUAUGUGACAAAACAUUAAAAUAUGACCAACUUUUGGAUCAAAAACGAAGAAUUGAAGAAAUAGUAAAUCAAAUGAAGUGCACAGAGAUACAAACAACAGAAGAGCUGAAUGCAGCAAAAGAGGAAAUUAAAACUGUGAAGACUGAGCUAAAGAGUUUUUAUCAAAAACAACUUGAUGCUAUGUUGACCGAAAAAGUGUCAGAUUAUCAACGUAAAUUAGAUGGGAUUGUUCAAAUUACGAAUGAAGAAAAUAAAUUAUUAAAGCUGCAAAUGAAUAACCAGAUCGCUAAUUAUAAAGAAAGACACGAAAAAGAUAAAGCACAAAUUAAUGCAAAAUAUACAACAGAAUUAGAAAAUUUGGAGAAGAUUUUAAAAGAUAAAUCUGUUUAUAUUUCCACUUUGGAAAAACGUUUAGAAUCUGAGGUCCAAGAAAAACGACAAUUAGUUAAAAGUGUUAUGGAAGUUAUGAAAAAUGUUAAUAUUGAAAGUCAAUCAAAUUCAAAAUUAAAAAAUGAUAAUAAAUAUAAAAAAAAUACAUCCAAUAUCAGUAAUUCAUCUUCAAGAUUAGAAGAUGAUUUUUCGUUUUUUGAACAAGAGAAAUUAUUACAUCAAGUAACACCAACAGAAUUAAGAAAGCACAUAGAAACUCUUUUGAAUAAAUAUCCUGGAAAUCCUUUAGCACAAAAAUGAUAAUUUCAUUGUAUAAUAAUUAUUUUUUUUUUUUGUUUGAGUGAUGCAUUAAACUACAAAACUUACAUUGUUCCUUCACAUUUAACUUUUAUUUAUGUA